CCCGCGGGGAGGCGGCCCCGGCCGCGCCUUGCCCAUGGCGGUGGCCAGGAGGAUCAAAACUUUGCUGACGGUCAACAUCCUGGUGUUCGUGGGCAUUGUGCUGUUCUCCGUGUACUGCCGCCUGCAGGCCCGCUCCGAGGCGCUGGUGCAGGUCGUGCGCGCUGCCGACCGCCGGGUGCGCAACCGGCUCAGCAAGGCCGGCGCGCUGGCCGACCGCGAGGCCAUCCUACAGCGCCUGGACCACCUGGAGGAGGUGGUCUACAACCAGCUUAACGGCCUCGCCAAGCCCAUUGGCCUGGUGGAGGGUCCAGGAGGCCUGGGCCAGGGUGGCAUGGCUGCUGCCCUGCGUGACGACAGCCAGGAGGCGGAGGGCCGGUACGAGGAGUACGGCUACAACGCCCAGCUCAGCGACCGCAUCUCCCUGGACAGGACCAUCCCUGACUACCGGCCCAAGAGGUGCCGGCAGAUGGUUUACGCGGAGGACCUGCCGCAGGUCUCAGUGGUCUUCAUCUUCGUUAACGAGGCCCUGUCGGUCAUCCUGCGCUCCGUGCACAGCGUGGUCAACCACACGCCCUCGCGGCUGCUCAAGGAGGUCAUCCUGGUGGACGACAACAGUGACAAUGUGGACCUCAAGUUCAGCCUGGACCAGUACGUGCACAGGCGGUACCCGGGGCUGGUCAAGGUCGUGCGCAACAGCCGGCGGGAGGGCCUGAUCCGCGCCCGGCUGCAGGGCUGGAAGGUAGCCACCGCGCCCGUCGUCGGCUUCUUCGAUGCCCACGUGGAGUUCAACACUGGCUGGGCUGAGCCCGCCCUGGCGCGGAUCCGAGAGGACCGGCGGCGCGUGGUCCUGCCAGCCAUCGACAACAUCAAGUACAGCACGUUCGAGGUGCAGCAGUACGCCAACGCCGCGCACGGCUACAACUGGGGCCUGUGGUGCAUGUACAUCAUCCCUCCGCAGGACUGGCUGGACCGCGGGGAUGAGGCCGCGCCCAUCAGGACACCCGCCAUGAUCGGCUGCUCGUUCGUAGUGGACCGGGAGUACUUCGGGGACAUCGGCCUGCUGGACCCCGGCAUGGAGGUGUAUGGGGCUGAGAACAUCGAGCUGGGCAUGCGGGUGUGGCAGUGCGGUGGCAGCAUGGAGGUGCUGCCCUGCUCCCGCGUGGCCCACAUCGAGCGCACCAGGAAGCCCUACAACAACGACAUCGACUACUACGCCAAGCGGAACGCGCUGCGGGCCGCCGAGGUGUGGAUGGACGAGUUCAAGUCCCAUGUGUACAUGGCCUGGAACAUCCCCAUGACCAACCCGGGGGUGGACUUCGGGGACGUGUCAGAGAGGCUAGCCCUGCGCCAGAGGCUGAAGUGCCGCAGCUUCCGGUGGUACCUGGAGAACGUGUACCCUGAGAUGAGGAUCUACAACAACACCCUCACGUACGGAGAGGUGAGAAACAGCAAAGCCAGUGGCUACUGCUUGGACCAGGGAGCAGAAGACGAUGACCGGGCCAUCCUGUACCCAUGCCAUGGCCUGUCCUCCCAGCUCGUGCGGUAUAGUGCCGACGGCCUCCUGCAGCUGGGCCCCCUGGGCUCCACCGCCUUCCUGCCUGACUCCAAGUGUCUGGUGGACGAUGGCCGGGGCCGAACUCCCGCCCUGCGCAGGUGCGAAGACGUGGUGCGGCCCGCACAGCGGCUCUGGGACUUCACUCAGGGUGGCCCCAUCGUGAGCCGGGACACGGGCCGCUGCCUGGAGGUGGAGGUGUCCAAAGAUGCCACCUUUGGGCUGCGGCUGGUGGUGCAGCGGUGCUCAGGGCAGAAGUGGACCAUCCGGAACUGGGUCAGGCACGGGCGGCACUGACCCUCACCCGCCAGCCCUCACUCACGCGCGGCCCUUUGCCCCACAACCCUCAGGGCUGGGCCCUGACUCCGCGCGUGGGGGGGCUGCCAGGCUGCAGCCUUGGUCACCGUGUUGGGUGUGGACCCCAGGGGCAGGCAGCCCUGCCAGGGGCCUCCAGGGAGGGCGGUCGUGACGCCGAACGCGUGCCUUUUCCACGGUGUUCCCGACGGGCUGCGUGGACGGCGCCUUCCUGCAUGUGCCAAGCCCUGUACGCAGCCCACGGGGACAGCACCUGGCCAGCCGAGGGCGAGGGCGAGGGCAGGACAGCCCUACGACCGCACGCCGCUCUCCCACCUAAAAGGAGCAGACCCAGGCCUCGCCAGCGCCCCGGCGCCCCUGCUCAGCAGGCCCGAGGCAGAAACCAGAGUGGCACUUGCAGCCUGGCAGCAGAGAGAGGGGAGAAAGCCCCAGAAACCCAAAGCCGUGGGGUGGAGGCCACAACCAGACCACAGCCAAAACGCUGCGGAGACCUGCUCCUGCCGGGCCAGGGGUGCGGGCCGGGGCGCCUGCUGGGCCAGGAGCCCCGCCUCUGCCCCACCCUCAGCCCUGGCUCUGCUCUUGUUGCUCGCCUGACCUUGGCGGCAGGGGGUCAGUGAAGGACACCUGGCCCCUCGCCUGUUUUUUAAAUAAAGUUUUAUUGGCUCACAGCCAUACCCAUG